GUUAUGUGCAUAAAGAACGUAACAUUGUCAUUUUUUUGACAUUUGGUAACAUAACCUUAAAAUAGAAGAUUAUUUGUAUCUACGGGAAUUUCUCAUCUUUUGUAAAUAAAUUAGUUAAUGUAAUGGGAGUAUCGCGAAAGUUUCUCAACUGGUACGCCAAACUGGCACCUGCUCGCGGUUAUGUUCCUCCACCAUAUGAACACGUAGUACAAAUAGGAGAUCCAAGAUUACGUAAAAUUUCAGAGACUGUACCUCUAGAUAAAAUUAAAACCAAGGAAAUCCAAACAGUAAUACAGAAACUAGAAUAUGUCCUCUAUAAGUACGGUAGUGUUGGAAUGUCUGCGCCCCAGAUAGGAGUGAACUUAAGGAUAAUUGCAAUGAGACACACCUCAAAACAAAUUUCACAAACUGCCAAAGAAUCUGCUUUACAUAGAGGGAUGACGGAGGUUCCUUUUACUGUAUUUAUAAACCCGCAGUUGAAAGUGGUUGACUACAAGAAAGUAAUCCACACUGAGGGUUGUGAAAGCAUUCGAGGAUUCUCUGCUGAUGUGCCGCGUUACAAAGAAGUACAAUUAACAGGGUUGAACCAACAAGGAGAAACAACAUCAAGGACCUUUAAGGACUGGGCAGCGAGGAUAGCCCAGCAUGAAAUGGACCAUCUAGAUGGCAAGCUGUAUACCGAUAUUAUGGAUAGAAAGUCUCUGUCUUGCACCUGUUGGGAGGAAGUCAACCUGUCCCAAGGAAGAGUGGUUUUACCAUUCACUCCUGAAUGAAUGAGUUAGAAAUCUUGAAUAGCAUGAAGAUUUUUAUACCCUUUAAAAUGUAGCAUGGUUAAUGUAGCUGAAUGACGGCAGGAUAAAAGAUAUAAUGCCUAAUGCAAAAAAGACAAGAUACUGUCUCUUUCGCACUAACAGUGUAGAGCUUAGUACGAAAGAGAUGAGAUAUAUGUUGACAUGAUAAUUGUGUCACUUUAAUCAGGCUAAGAGUUUAAUAUAUGUACAGACAGACAACAAUAUAUAAAUACUGUACUGUGUCUCUUAAAAAUAACUACCCCUGAACAGCAUGGUGUAGUGCUGUAAUGGUGUUCUGUUGUAGAGUGAUGAUUUGAUCAUCAUUAAACACUGUAAACUAUGAGGCUGGCUGGUAUAAACACCAAGAGUGGCUCAAGCCUCGAAAAAAAAUUAGAUUAAAAAAAAAGUUUUGGUGCGUGGCCAAUAUCCAUUUACUGUCUCUUGCACACUAGGCUAUAAUUGAUAUUUUGUCCUGCUUUAAAUUCACCUAGCUAUAUUUAUCUGAGUAUAAAUAGGUAUAUUUUUACGGAAAACAAAUGAACCUAUCUUAUGCAUUUUGUAAAUAAAACAGUCAACUAUAAUUUUAA